UCAAAUACCUGUCAAUGGAAGUGGGCAAGUAAUGGUUCCUUUUACCGACCGACUGACCGACCGACAAAAAUUACAAGUCUUUGCUGAUUUAAUAUGUUAAAUAUCUUUAUAGCUGAUAACUGAGACAAAAAUCUCGUAAUUAUGGCGGACAGAGAUCUUUCUAUGGGACCCCGUGAAGGAGUAACAUACCCUGUUAGGGUGCAGUAUUGUGGAAAUUGUUCGAUGCCGAUAGAAUACUGCGAGUACUACCCUGAAUACGAUAAAUGCAAGCAGUGGUUGGAGAAAAACUUGCCAACCGAGUUUGAGAAAGUAAAGAUAGAUGAGGAAGAGAAUGCUGGCGGGGAAGAGGAGAAAAAGAGGCAGAAGCGUGGUGGCAAGGGCAUGUUAAAAUCCAAAAAGAAGGAGGAUGUGCCCAAGCUUGUGCAAGUCUCCCGCGCGCCGCGCGGCAAGAAGAAAUCUGUCACUGUGGUAUCAGGAUUGAGCACUUUCGACAUUGACUUGAAAGUGGCGGCUAAGUUCUUUGGCACCAAGUUUGCCUGUGGAUCAUCAGUGACUGGAGAUGAUGAGAUAGUCAUACAGGGAGAUGUUAAAGAUGACCUCUUUGAUAUUAUACCAGAGAAGUGGCCUGAGAUUGAUGAGGAUAGCAUUGAAGAUUUAGGUGACCAGAAGAGAUAGUCACAAUUUUAGUGUAACAAGAAUGGGAGAUCUUCAUUCCUCUGGCUACAUGAAAUAUUUGUGACAACAUUUUGUAUCUGUGAUGUUUGUUACAUUACCUCUGUAUUGUUGCACACUUGUUGGAAGUUAAUUGUGAU